UUAGGGCGACUGUGAGGAAAAGAAGGAAGGGUGCGGGGCCUGGCUGGCGAACCUAGGCUGCAGACGGCCAGGCAGUUCCGCAGGGCGGUGUCCGGAGAGUUGAGGGGCUCGGGCACCUGGGGUUCACAGUGCACGCCAGGACGUGCCGGAGUAAGCAGCCCGGCGAGGAGCAGCAGUCAGCGAGACCCGCAGGCUGGGACCAUGGGCUGCUGCUUCUCCAAGAAGCGGAAGGCUGAGAAGGAGUCGCAGCCCGAGGGCGAGGAGGAGCGACCGAAGCAGUACAGCUGGGACCAGCGCGAAAAGGUUGAUCCUAAAGAUUACAUGUUCAGUGGACUGAAGGAUGAGACAGUAGGUCGCUUACCCGGGAAAGUGGCAGGGCAACAGUUUCUCAUUCAAGAUUGUGAGAACUGUAGCAUCUAUAUUUUUGACCACUCUGCUACAAUUACUAUUGAUGACUGUACUAACUGCAUAAUUUUCAUGGGACCCGUGAAAGGCAGUGUGUUUUUCCGGAAUUGCAGAGAUUGCAAGUGUGCAUUAGCCUGCCAACAGUUUCGUGUGCGCGAUUGCAGAAAGCUGGAAGUCUUUUUGUGCUGUGCCACUCAACCCAUUAUUGAGUCUUCCACAAAUAUCAAGUUUGGCUGUUUUCAAUGGUAUUACCCUGAAUUAGCUUUCCAGUUCAAAGAUGCAGGGCUCAGCAUCUUCAAUAAUACCUGGAGUGACAUUCAUGACUUUACACCUGUGUCAGAAGAAUGCAACUGGAGCCUCCUUCCAGAGGACACUGUAGUUCAGGACCAUGUUCUUCUGCCUACUAUCGAAGAGCUCAAAGCUGUCCGCAUUUCCACAGAAGCCAAUAGAAGUAUUGUUCCAGUAUCCCGGGGUCAGAGACAGAAGAGCAGUGAUGAAUCAUGCUUAGUGGUGCUAUUUGCUGGUGAUUAUACUAUUGCAAAUGCCAGGAAACUAAUUGAUGAGAUGGUCAUUAAAGGCUUUUUCCUAGUUCAGACAAAGGAAGUAUGGAUGAAAGCUGAGGAUGCCCAAAGGGUUUUUCAGGAGAAAGCACCUGACUUCCUUCCUCUUCUGAACAAAGGUCCUGUUAUUGCCUUGGAGUUUAAUGGAGAUGGUGCUGUAGAAGGAUGUCAACUUAUUGUCCAUGAGAUAUUCAAUGGGACCAAGAUGUUCGUAUCAGAAAGCAAGGAGACAGCAUCUGGAGAUGUAGACAGCUUCUACAACUUUGUUGAUAUACAGAUGGGGAUAUGAAAUCAGUGUGGAACAAAGGCCUUGGGAUUAAGCUCUUUUUAAUUUGUAUGGUAGCAAUGGUUUUUACUAAUGCUAAAAUUGUUCAAAUUUAUGUUUUAAUAAAUUGUUGAAUACUGCAACAUUUGCUUGAGGUUCAAAAAUAGUUCAUUUUAAAUUAAGUAGUUUCAAUCAGCUUAAAAACUAUUUAUCCCACCUCAAUAAACUUGCAGUUUUUCUCUGCAUAUGAUACUAUUAUUAGAAAAUAGAAGUGACUAAUGGUUAUUUUAAUCCUAAUUUAACAUUCUUUCAAAUCUCUAAUAAUUUAAACCUUCCUCAGUGCUCCAUGAUACUUGCUUGAGAAUAUAUUCCAUUGCUUAUUUUUUAAAAUAUAGAUGGAUUUACUAGUUAAUUAAUUAGAAUGAACCUUUGCAUAUUUUUUCAUGUGUACAUAUCCAGUUAAAUAAUUGCUUCCCAGUUGCAUAGCAUGGCAAAUGAGACUUUGUACACAGAGUUGACACAUUUUGUAAAUUGAAUUUUUUAAAUUAAUAGGUAUUUGAUAAGCAGUUUUGCAAGUGACUCUACUAACUGAUGUUGGUAUAGCUGUUUAAAGACUAUUUUGUGAGUAGUAUGAUUAUUUGAAUAAAUUCCUCACUGUUUAGUUUUUGAAUACAACUGCUAGAUGACUCUUCUGCAUCCUGGUAAGAAAGGCAUAUGCAACACUAAAAUGAAAGAAGCACAAUCACUGCAGUUUUCAAAGAAGUGAUGACUGUUUUAUCAGCUCUGUAGGCUAUUAGGAGAAUUAGAACAAAACCUUGUGACAUUUAGCUAAGAAAUACUUAGGCAUGGUGAUAAGCUAUGCAGAUUAUUAGAAAGUUAGAUAAGUUUGAUUUUCAUUAGACAUGCCACUGAUAUCAAGUAAUGCGCAAGUAUGAUAAAAUUAUUUUGUUUGCUUUAAAGCAUUAGUUUCCAAAUCAAUCUGACCAUAAUAGUUUACCAGGAGGCAGGGGAAAGCUACUUGUUUAAAACUCCACUCUCAGACCCAAUCCCCAGAUGCACUGAUUCAGUCUCCAAGGGAAACUGUGUUUUAAGGGAUUUGUUGUAACUAACGAAUGAAUUCAGAAGAUGCUGGUAGGUUGAUCUUGCGAGAAGGGACUGAACAUGCCAAACCUCCAGCAAGAUAUUCAGAAACAACACAUUCUUCCUUUUAUAGUGUUCUGGUGCUUUCCUGGUGAGGGCAGGUUCUCACCUAUAAAUAGACUUUGAGGGAGCCAUGAGCACAGGUAGCAAUCACAUGCAACAGCUAAUAGGAAAUUUUAAUAGGUCUGCUUUUAAAAGGAACCUUAAAUCAAAUUCUAUUUUGGUAAAACUAAGGCUGAAAAUAGCCACUUAUAAAAAUUCAUCUUGUGAUUGUUAAUAAAAAUGUAUUUUCAUGUUUACUGUUUUUGGCUAUUUUCAGAUUAAUUAUAACAACUACAUUGAAAAUAUGUGGUAUUGUUCAGAAAUAAUACAUUAUAAGACUGUUCAUAUUAAAUUACUAAGUAAUCUUGACCACCUACCCUGUGCCUGGCCUUGUGCUAACCAUUAGCAUUAGAUCAUUUCAGCCUUCUUUAUAACAGCUGUCUGUAUUACAUAAGUCAAUCUCUCCUUUAAAUCAAGUCCAUUUCAUAAGAUGCAAAUAAAACUGGUGACAGGUUUAAUAUAAUUUUGAUCAUAAUCUACAAAUGAGCUUUGCAAGCAAUGGUUAGAGGGCAUUAAUUUUUCCCAUAGGUAAGCUAAAUUAAGCAUGGUCCUUCUGAUUAUGAUCACAUUAUUAAACCCUAUUAUUCACAUUUAAAAUAAUCACAAUAUUUUUUGGUUUUCAGAAAUGUAAUACAAUGUUUUGCAAAGCUCUAAAUUGAAAUCUUUAUGGUAUUUUAGCAAAAACUCAGGAAUGUAACAUGUGAGGGAUGUAAAUUUAAAAAUUUCCACUGAUGUUAGUAUCUAUUAACCAGAGCUUAAAAUUUUAUAUUCUUCAGUUAGAUCAGAGCUUUUACCUAUGCUUAGUUUGUCUUUAAGGACAGUCAUUUGGCUUCUGAAUGCUUGAAAAGAUUUUAAAUAAGUAGUGCUAUGGUUGUUUCUAUAAUUCUAAACUUUGAUAGAAAUUAUAGUAUACUACAUUUUGUUGCUGAAUAGCUUUUGAAUUCAUGAAAAAUUAUUAGCAGUGAAAAACUAGUAAUUUUAUUAAGUUACACAUGUUUAAACAUACUAGCUCAUUUCUCUUGUGUUAAUAGUACUGCUGUUUUCGCUUCUGUAUAUUCACAUCUAGCUUUUGUAUGUAAUUUAUCUAGUGUUUAUAAAAUGUGAUUUGUAAUAAAUGUUGUUAAAAUGAAAA